UGUCCCCNGUGUCCUCCGUGUCCUCCAUGUCUUAAGCGUCUUGUAUCGCAAUGAUUGACGUGUUGGCCAACAAACAGUUGUCUUACAUGACAGCUGUCGGACGAAUGGCCUCUCAUUUCGGACGAAUAGGUGGAUCGUUUGUCUUAUACGCUGCCAUCACCUGCUGUGUGGCAAACCUAAGGGGCAAACGACACGACUCUUGGGAACACCCGUUCAAUCACAUGAUUGGCGGCGCAUCCGUUGGACUCAUUUGGGGCUAUAAGUUCCGCAGCACAGGUGUCGGUGCGGCAGUAGCUGCUGCGGGCGCUCUCGCGGGUGUGCUUAACCUUCGGGCCAACACUUCCACGAAGAACUUCCCCAACGGCUGGCAGAUUCUGUUCCCCAAAGACAUUGAAGACCUUCGGAUUGAAAACGGGACACUUGGAGGUCGUAAUUACGGUGACCUUAGGAUGAGUUGGAAGAUCGCAGAUCCGGGCCGUAAGGGUCUCGAGUGAGCCGACACUUGGACUCCGGCUUUAGUGCCAC